AUGGGCUACGAUACCAAGUUCACCGGCCGCUUUGCCCUGUCACGCCCUCUGACCGCUGAGGAGAGCGCAAUUCUCAAGGCUGUUCAGGACUACCGCCCAGAGGAUGGUCUGAAGCUACCCUCUGCGGUUCCGGGUCAGGAGCGCCCGAUCAAGAUAUUGCGAGAGGGAGUCGACCCCUACUGCAAUGGGGAAGGAUGGCACAUCUUCAAGGAAUUCCCAUCAUGCAAAUGCCGUUGGACCGUCUCGCAUGACAAGAGCGCUCUUGUUUGGGACGGGAAGGGCCCCUUCUACAACCACGUCAGCUGGCUCGAGUAUUUCAUUUCCAACUUCUUUGAAGUAUGGGGAGUACGACUGAGCGGGACGGUCACCUUGGAAGACAACCUUUCGGGCGACACGGGGUCUAUCACGUUAAACGGCAACCAGAUUUUUGUCAAGAUGGCCCCACCGAUUGCAUUGUGCAUCGGAGACGAUUCGUACGACUACCCAAACGAGGCGUUCUUCGACUACACGGCGAGGAGAAAUUAUUGUACUCACCGUAGGCGCGACCUCUGUCGCUCCGGAGCGAGGCUGGCCGGCAGGAUGCGGGUCGAUGUGGAAAAGGCCCGUCUCCAGCAAGACAGCAAGAGGAUGAAGGCAGUGCACGACCGCCGCUAUCAAGACGACCUGGAGCUGCCUUAUGUGGCCUUCGAGAAGCGUCCGUCAAGUGGACUCACCACCUCCGUAGCAGCAGAGCGGGGUCGGGUGGGGGGGUGCGGGUCGCUGGUGAAGGGAGCCGGAUCCUGCAAGGCAGCAAGAAGGCGGGGGGCUUAG